AUGCCGUGCCUCAACAUCUCAGCUAACGUCAGCCUGGAAGGAGUAGACACCUCCUCUAUCCUCUCCGAAGCCACCUCCACCGUCGCCAAGAUUAUCAACAAGCCCGAGGCCUAUGUGAUGAUUGUGCUGAAGGGAUCAGUACCCAUAGCUUUUGGUGGGACUGAGCAGCCAGCUGCCUAUGGUGAGUUGGUCUCCAUUGGUGGCCUUAACCCUGAUGUGAACAAGAAGUUGAGUGCUGCAAUUGCCGCAAUUCUUGAGACUAAGUUGUCUGUGCCCAAGUCACGAUUUUUCCUCAAGUUCUAUGACACCAAGGGUUCCAACUUUGGAUGGAACGGGUCUACCUUCUAA